AUGAAAGGUUUGUUAGCUGAGCAAGCUGAAAUGAAGAGACUCAGAGAAGAGUGGAGAAGUUCAACCAAGGCUGAGAAGGCAGAGUUGGACAGGGCAAAAGAGACGCUUGGAGCUUGGAGUGUAAAGCUGGACGAGAAGAUGAAAGGUCUUUUAACUAAGCAAAAUGAAUUAGAAAAAAACAGAGAAGAAUGGAGAAACUCAACCAAGGCUGAAAGAACAGAGUUGGAUAAAGCAAAAGAGGCACUUGAAUCUGGACGAGCAAAACUGGAUGAUCAGAUGAAAGGUGUAUUGACUGAGCAAGCUGGAUUGGAACGUUUCAAAGAAGAAUGGAGAAAUUCAACCAAGGCUAAAAGAACAGAGUUGGAUGAGGCAGAAGAGGUACUUACAGCUGGAAGAGCAGAACUGGAUGAGCAGAUGAAAGGUCUAUUAGUUGAUCAGACUAAGAUGGAGAAAAUCGGAGAAGAGUUCAAAGAAUCAAUCGAGGCCGAAAGGGCGGAGUUGGAAAGGCAAAAGCAAGACUUGUUGGAUAGCCAGGCUAGCUAUACACACGCCAUGCUUCAUUUAGGUUUGCUCGAAGACAUAAUCGUGGAUUGCGAGACCAACAAAUCCGUCAAAUACGCGAGGUUGGAAGAACUACUGAAGCAACAGGACUUGGGGGACUUAUCAGCAGCCACAAAUCCAGUUAAAGAUACAGCAGAACUUCUUUUAGACAACCGCGAUUUGAAGAGACGGGCUGAUGAUUCCAUGGAGACGGGUCCAGCUGCUAAGAAGAGGAAAAUUACAGCACCGGAAAUGGCUGCGAAUGAGACGAGUAUGGCAAUCCCGAAGCCAGCCAUUGAGCCAUCUUCUGCACAGCCGACCGUUGAGAUGGCGGCAUCUAAUAUUCCUUCGAAAACGCCUGUGACAACUGGCCACAAGUCGACAACCGAAGUUGAGGACAACACUGCCAUCGAGCAUGCGGUGAAUACGAAAUCAGGAUCCUCACUAUUCAAUGUGAACAAUUGGAAGAGGGCUGCGACUCCUUUCUUCACUUUCAUAGCCUCUAUUUUGAAUAACCGCGAGGAUAUAUAA